AUGCCCAUCCUCAGGAACUGUGAACUCCGUGUUCCAGAGGGGCAACUGUGGAUGCUACUCGGUCCCAACGGCAGUGGCAAGUCCACUCUACUCAAGGUUCAUUCUUUUUCUCUCAUUUUUCCUUCUCUGUCUUCUUUUACUUGUUCGAGCUACUCCGUUAUUCUCCUAAGAAAGGAAAAUGGAGAAUCAAAUGUCUGUAAAGUGUUGUAAGUCGUCUCCUUGGAUCUGAGAUGAUUGAAAAUACAAGUGUCGAUUUUUUCCCUCCUCAGUACUAGAUUCCUCUCUGAAGAAACCUCAGACAUUUUCCGUCCUUCUAUCAUCUUGAAGUGAUCUCGUUAGCUGUAUGAAUCAUAAGGUGAACUUGUAUAUAAUUUUUCUCACGUCCGACAUUCCUUUUCUGAUAACCCAUUGACUUACAAGAGGCUGGUAUAGAUUGGGAAUCUGUGCAUGUCUGUACCGACAAGAUCAUUCUUUUCUUUAUGACAGAUUGAUGUUCCCAAUUGAAGGGGCUGGAUUGGAAGAUGAUGAUGAUGGUGAUCGUUGGAAAAAAAGACUGGGAACUUUUUCCAUGGUCGUGAAUCACAUUGAAACAAAUGUACGAUAAGUGCAAUAUCAGUAGUAAUUUGAGUGAGGCAAAGUUUAGUUUAUUCGUAAGUAAUGAACUUGGAGUGCUUAUAAUCUCAUUUGACUUUGGAUGUGCAAUCGUUUCCUGUCCAUGUAGUAGGCUCGAAUGUAAUCUCCAUUAAAUUUCGAAGGAAACUAUCGCCAAGCAACCAUUACUUAAGGAUGCCAUAAUAAGCAUAGUAGAGGAAAACCGCAUCACAGAGUGAUAAGCUGAAGAUAGGGGCCUGUGCUGGAUAAAUAAAUCUAAAGCAUUGUUUUCCUCUAAGUAAAUUAUGUGGUCUCUGGUGCCUCUAGGGGUGUCAACCCUCACCCUUGCAACAGUAUGAAUGGGAUACAAAGGAAGAGGUGUGCUUGACAGCUAGCCUGGUAGCGUCAUGAGUAGUCUAGCCAACAAGUGGAAACGAAGAAUUAGUUAAUCAUGGUUAUUAUUUGUAUUCUGAUAGUGGAGAAACAGACUGUGGUGGAAGAUGAUGAGUAUCUAGACAUUCAUGGGAAGCUAACAUGUUGAUUCAUGCUGAGUGCCUAUUUCCAAAGACAUGUGUAGUUGUAACACACACAAUGGAUUUGGGUUAUCCUUACCUGAAACUUUCAUGAUGCAAUGGCCAUUGGGUAAGUUUGAUGGCAAUGGUUAUCAGGAUGCCAUUUCUUCAAAAUUUUCGGAAAGAUGUAAAUAUUAUAAUUGAACUAUCUUUUGAGUUACUAUACUUCCUGAAAGUCAAAAUAUUGUAUGAAAUUUUGAUAUGAAAUACAUCAUGAUGCUCUGCUUAAAUCGUUGGCUUUAUUCUCUAUGGUUUCUAGUACCAGAUCGUACUCUGGCUAGGUCUUUUUUUUAACUAUCUUGGUUAACCUUUUUCUUUCCAUCUCACAUAACCUUUUGAUAGAAAAAAUAAGUUAAUAACGUUGAAAGAUAGUCCAAAUCCUGGUGAUUAUAAUUUGAAAUCAUCCAGGUAAAUAUUGCUCAUAUCACAAGUAAGAAAACCUGUUAAUCCGAGAAAUAGUCAUUAUUUUGGAAAGACCUUCAAUACUGAUGUGAUGGGCCCUGGGUUUCUCUUUUGCCUCCCUGGCCCACCCUGCUUUAAACACAGCCUAGCUCACUAAACACACUGGGGGACCCUUUGGGCUAAAUGAGACUUAGGUUUUAUGUCAUCGAGCUUGCUAGUUUGUCCCUGUUUCGUCAGGUUCUUUUUCUCCUUUACCUGGAGCCUCACUGUGGUCUCCAUUCCUUGUUCUCCUCCCUCAAGGCUCAGAGGCCUUCGUUCAGCCAAUAAACAACUUUGAAUGAUUCAUUAAUCUCCCUCGUUCUCCUCCCACCCUAUGUUCUCCCCACUUUCUGCCUUAUACCCACCACUAGAGUGCCUAAUCUCGCUGGCGCCUGCAGCCCCCUCCCUUAAUAACCGAAGGCCUGAUUGUAUCUUCCUUCAGAAAGUUAACACUAGUGGUUUACCUGUGUAAGUCCAGACAUCACCGAUGUUGUGUGUCAUACACCGUCCUAAAACCAUGGGUGUAGAUAUACCCUGAAAGUAAAACAUCCCUUGAAAAGGAGAAUAUACUCCAUAAAUUUAAUGAAAAUUCUCCUUAUAAUAUGUGAAGACCGAAGAUCAAACACGUGAUUGCAAAGUCUGCACUAUUGAUGAACUAACAUCUUCAUUAUACAGAUCUUGGCAGGACUCCUAAAUCCGACUUGUGGUACAGUUUAUGUAGAUAGGCCAAAGAGCUUCGUAUUUCAAAAUCCAGACCAUCAGGUAUACUCUUAUUCCUAAUUUAGAUGUCUUAUUUAUCCUUACUUUACACAUGGGAGUUGAAAGCUCAUUGAACAAGAGUGCGUUUUUAACGAUCUUAUUUUUUAUUAGAUGAAACUUUAGCAGCACUUUGUGAUCCAAAGAUUCAAUGUGCAUUUAUUUUUAUUAACUCAUUGCAAUGCAACUUUAUUCCUGUGUUUUAUCCCAGUUUCUUAUUGGUAAUCUUCAUUAGUAUUUAAAAGGCUGUUACAACAAGGUAUAAUGAACCAACUAGUUUGGUCUGAAACCAAUUGGCCCAUAAUCAAAUGCAACCUGAAUAAGUUCGUAUAGCCUAUUUUAGAGUCGGAAUUAGUUCUGAAAGCUUUAAUAAAGGAUUGAAGAGGAUAGAGAAGCAAGAGUGGGAUAGGAAAGAUGCUUGUGAAACCAUAGGCUUUCUGUGCUUGUCCAAUGCACCCAAUCAUUGCAACUAAAAGGACAUCUACAGUGACUCAAACGUUGACAAAUAGCUGCUUCCUUUUAUAAUUUGUGGGACAUCUGAAAUUACAAACUAGGCAUGAAGAUGUGCUGAGGAAAUUCGAGGUAAUGUGUAUUCAAAUUUGAAUAUGUCUUGACACGGAUUACACUUAAGGAUAGCAUCCCAUUCUUACGUAAAGUUCGUCUUGGGGUCUAAGAAUGUACGAAUUGUCAUGGUCGAAUGCCAUAAGUCAUGACAUAACGGAAUCUGUCUGAAUGGAACAUUUAUUUUUCGCAAUGAUUCUCCAAAACAAGAUCAUCAAGCAGUAAACUACCAAGUUAGGGAUCACCUUAUCUAUAUAACAAUAAAUGUCAUCAUAUGCAGUUAUCCUAAUAAAAAGCUGAGAGUACCUUAUCGGAAGACACUUGUCUUCUGUCGAAUUUAUCUAGUUCUUUUACAACCGUUAUGUCCAAAUGUGCAGUAGUUGCUUGUGCGCAGUGCAGAAAGAUGGCAACUGACAUGGGGAAGGUUCUGGAGGAGAUGCUUUCUCAAAUGGAAGACAGUGUCUGCCGUUAACAGUUGAUUCACAGGAUUCUAAAAUAUGUUUUUCUGCAGCAUGUAGAGUGUGAUAGUGGAGAAUAGAUUGGAAGAAUAAGCUUCUGCAAAAUAAUUAUUUUUUGAAAAUACUUUAGUACCGGACAGAAUCCUAAUCUGUCCCAUGUGGAGGAAAUAUGAGAGCUAUGUAGAGCAAUGAAGAUCCCUAAGGUUGGGUGCCUAGGUUUGCUGUCUCAUCAAAGGCACCACUAGUGCAUGAUCUUAUUCUGAGCUGCUGGAAAAGGCCAGAGCCAGGGCAUCCAGACGUUAGGCUGGGCUAGCUUUUCUCACUAACCUUACCUCAUUGAAACCACAAACUCCAUUUUAACGGCUAACCUCAUAUAACCAAUGAAGAAGACAGCAUACUACAGAAGUAAGUUGUACAUAUAAAAAAUAGAUGCAAAUUACUUUCAUGAUUCACAUAAACUACGUAAUUCGUUAUAAUGAGUAACCUUUUUUCAGUCUCUUAUGAAAACUCUUGAUCUUGCAUGAACUUUCUGACAAAAUUAAGCUGUGGAAUAGGUUUCAUCGAGUAAAUUUUGGGAUGCCCUGAUUUCUUCUUGGUUGAAAUGAUAUACUAGCUCGACAUUUUGUUAUAUCUUUCUCUGAAUUCCUUUUUAAUAUGUUUUUGUAGAUUGUGAUGCCUACGGUAGAAGCAGAUGUUGCAUUUGGCCUCGGUAAAUUUAAUCUAACCGCAGAAGAAGUGCAGAAUAGAGUUUCAAAGGCCUUAGACUCUGUUGGCAUGUCAAGAUACUUGAAGGUUAGUAGUAUGUUCAAUGUCUGGAUUAUUUUCUACAUUCCGAAAAGUAAUGUAGUGUGAUUUUUUAUUCAUUUGGCAGAGACCAGUGCAAACUCUUAGUGGCGGUCAGAAGCAGAGAGUCGCUAUUGCUGGUGCCUUAGCAGAAUCAUGUAAAGUAUUGCUCUUGGAUGAGCUAACUACCUUUCUGGACGAAAAAGACCAGGUAUGCAUUUUCUUUCUUUCUUUUGUUAGCAAAAAGAAUGUGCUGACUCUUAACAUAUCCUGCAUCAUCAUCAGAAUGAUACUGGAUUGUUUCAGAUGUUUGGCAAUAGGAUUUGACGAUAAUUCUGUUGAAAUCAAAGCAGUGACAACUGAUGUAUGCUUUUCAAAAUUUCUUCAUAUGCAAACUUACUCCAAACUGUUCUUAGUCUCAUGGAUAAGAAACCAUCUAAGACUGGAAUUACCUAAAACAAUCUGAACUGGCAGAAACUGAUGCCAUUCACCCUGUUCUGAGUUUAAAUCAAGCAAUUGUUUAAAGCUCUGAUAGGAGCCAAAAAAGGAUCAAUGGGGUAGGACAAUCUUGGAAUUCAUUUGGAUUGUCUUCCCAUGGGCUUCAAUGCUAUCAUUGUUAUACUUGGGUAUCAAUCCCUCACGUGGUUGCCAAAAGCAUUGAACUAAUGCAAAGGACUCUUCUUUGUCCACUUUCUCCUGUAGUGUAAUAUGAUGGUUUCCAGCAAAGUGAUUUAUCUCCAUUCAACCAGUCAGUUGAUAAAUAGCAUAUGGUUAGCUACACCUUUCCGAGGAAAAGGUAGAAGAGGCUAACCUUUUCGUAUAUUACAGCCUUAACUGGUUUUUACAAGAAUCCUCUCUUAAAAACAUGUGAAAGUGGUUUCCUUAUUUAGUUAUAUGCUUUUGGCAAUCAAUUCUAUUACUCUGAUGUUAGGCCCAAGUGAGUGAAUCUCCAGUUGAUGGUUUUCAUUACUGAGAUGUUUGUUAACAACCAGGUUGGAGUUAUUAAGGCCGUUAAAAAUUCUGUGGCUACUGAACAAGUUGCUGCACUGUGGGUGACACACCGUUUAGAUGAGCUCAAAUAUGCCGAUGGUGCAUUCUGCAUGGAAGAUGGGCGGAUUGUGAUGCAGAUGGAUGGAUCGAGUAUUGCUAAUUUCCUUCGCAACAGAUAA